ACGAUACGCCUCGGAUAGCCUCGUCACUUCCGGGAGGCAGGGAAGUGAGGUUGCUGAUUCACAUGCAGAAGAGAUACAACGUCCUGUACUUAUAAAACAUGUUACUGUUAUAAACGGUGGGAACGCAGCAAAAGUGUUUCUCGGCAAAUUACCAUGGUCCCUGCAGACUUUAAAGCCCUGAUCCAGAGGUUUUAUCGCCUUCAGUCUGAGCGGGUAGAGACCUAUCAGCUCUUUGAAGAAGGACAUGAGGCCUACUUGAGGACAGGGCCCCAUUAUGACUUUGACCACUACAGGCAGCUGGUCCAUGAAAUAACACAGGCCUUCUGUGGCAUCUCCAAGGAAGUGCUGGAGAUAAAGGGGAGGCUGCACCAUGAGUUUGACAGGCCGGAUCUUUCUGAGCACAUUGAAAAGCUGCAGAGCAAAGAGAAGCAGAAACUUGAACUGACAGCCAAGCUGCAGCUGGCCAGGCAGCGGGCCCAGGAUCACCCAGAGGACGAAGACUGUCAAGAAAAGAUUCAGGAGAUCAGGCACGAGAUCAUCAAGAACAAAGAGGCUCUGAGUGAGAUCAUGCAGGACUUCAAGUAUGACUCUGAGGAGUGUGAUUGACAGGUGGCUCCCAGGAGGCCUGCAGCCGCCCCCUCACAUCACCGGACAGCAGAGCUGACAGAUCGACUCGGCUCUGCUGCAACUUCCAUCUUGGACUUCUCAGCUGCACUUAUUGAUCCCCCUCUGGCCCCACCCUGCUUGCUGCUGCAGUCUUAUUCCACCCAGGGGGCUUUUCUCAUUCGGGCUCUGUGUGUUUCUGUCUAUAGUCAUGUGUUUGUGUUAACCAGUGCAUCAGCCAAAAAAAAGGAAGUUUCUUUAUAUUUUAAAGAUGUGUAAAUAUUCAAAAUGUUAAAUAAUUCUUCAGCAGUCUUUGUUUACUUGAUGAAUUGUAUUUUUAAAUUAAAAAAAAGACACUUUCCAAGACAA